AUAUACCAGAGUCCAGACCGUCACUUGGAAGCUUUUCUUUCUCAGGGCUUAAAACUUUGGAAAUUCCCAAAAUUUCCUCUAAAUCCUCCCCAAAUGUUUCCAAUAUUACCUUUCUGCCUCUUCUUCGUCCUCGCUCCUCCUCUCCUCGCAUCUUCUUCUCCAGUCUCCAUAACCCUAACCGCCAAAACCUUAGCCAAAUCGGGCGACUCGAUCCGAAUCAAAUGGUCGGGGAUCGACUCCCCGUCCGACCUCGACUGGCUCGGCAUCUACUCGCCGCCGUCCUCUGCCCACGACAACUUCAUUGGCUAUGUUUUUCUGUCGUCAUGUCCCACAUGGGAAUCUGGGUCGGGUUCGAUCAGAUUACCCCUGGUUAAUCUCCGUGCUAACUACUCUUUUCGGAUAUUCCGGUGGUCCCGGUCCGAGGUCGACCCGACCCGGAUGGACCACGACCACAAUCCCUUGCCGGGGACAACGCAUCUGGUGGCGGAGUCCGGGGAGGUGGGGUUCGGGGGCGGCGGGGGGCCGGAGCAGAUCCAUUUGGCGUACACGGAUAGGGAGGAUGAGAUGCGGGUGAUGUUCGUGACGGGGGACGCGGGCGUGAGGACUGUGAGGUAUGGCUUGAGCAGGGACGCGAUGCACAGGGUGGUGACGGCGGCGGUGGGGAGGUAUGAGAGGGAGGACAUGUGUGACUCGCCAGCGAAUGAGAGUGUUGGGUGGAGAGAUCCGGGGUUUAUUCAAGAUGCGGUGAUGAGGAAAUUGAAGAAAGGGAAGAGAUAUUAUUAUAAGGUUGGAAGUGAUUCAGGAGGUUGGAGCGCAAUUCACAACUUUAUGUCACGGGAUAUGGACUCUGAAAAAACAAUAGCUUUUCUAUUUGGUGACAUGGGGACAGCAACACCAUACUCAACCUUUCUUCGUACACAAGAGGAAAGCGAGUCAACCGUUAAAUGGAUCCUCCGUGACAUUGAGGCUCUUGAUGACAACCCUGCCUUCAUCUCGCAUAUUGGAGAUAUUAGCUAUGCUAGAGGUUAUUCAUGGUUGUGGGACAAUUUUUUCACUCAGGUUGAACCUAUCGCCUCCAGACUCCCAUACCAUGUGUGUAUUGGUAAUCAUGAAUAUGAUUGGCCAUUGCAGCCUUGGAAACCUGAUUGGUCCUCCACAGUUUAUGGAACAGAUGGUGGCGGUGAAUGUGGAGUGCCCUACAGCCUUAAGUUCAAAAUGCCUGGAAACUCUUCAGAACUAACUGGAACCCGUGCCCCAGCCACUCGAAACCUCUUCUACUCAUUUGAUACGAAGGCAGUGCAUUUUGUGUACAUAUCAACUGAGACCAAUUUCCUUCCAGGGAGCAGCCAAUAUGACUUUAUAAAGCAGGAUUUGGAGUCAGUUGAUCGGAAAAAAACCCCUUUUGUGGUUGUCCAAGGGCACAGACCAAUGUACACAACAAGCAAUGAACUUAGAGAUGCCCCGGUGAGGGAGAGGAUGCUCAAGUAUUUGGAACCUCUUUUUGUGAAGAACAAUGUGACCCUUGCACUCUGGGGUCAUGUCCACAGAUAUGAGAGGUUUUGCCCAAUAAAUAACUUCACUUGUGGAAACAUGGGAUUGAAUGGGGAAUACCUGGGGGGAUUGCCUGUUCAUAUCGUGAUUGGGAUGGCAGGGCAAGACUGGCAGCCCACAUGGGAACCAAGACCAGACCACCCGAAGGACCCUGUCUACCCACAACCUAAAUGGUCAUUGUACCGUGGGGGUGAGUUUGGGUACACUAGGUUGGUUGCCACCAAAGAGAAGCUUACUCUUUCUUAUGUAGGAAACCAUGAUGGUGAGGUGCAUGAUACUGUUGAGAUUCUGGCAUCUGGACAAGUUCUCAGUGGUGUUGGAGAGGAUGAUGCUCAACCCAGAGUUGAGGUGGCAGAGUACACAUUUUCAUGGUAUGUUAAGGGGGCAAGUAUCUUGGUGCUGGGGGCUUUUAUGGGCUAUGUUAUUGGGUUCGUAUCACAUGCCAGGAGAGAAGCUGCCUUGAGAAAGAACUGGACUCCAGUGAAGAUCGAAGAUAGCUGAACUCCUGAUCAGCAUUGCAGCAAAUUGUCAAACAAAGGCCCUCAGAUUUCCUAGCUUCUAUUACAUUUUAAAUCUCCAUAUCCAAGUAAAUGUUGUGAAAUGUAACUGUCUUAAAUGUUGGAAUAACUCUACACGGCAAUUCUAGGCAGAUGGGAUAGGCCCCAGGGCCCUUAUUAAUUUGCUGUAUGAUGUCAUAUAAACCCUUCAGGAUCUGUGUAAAUAUGCAUUUUAUAGCUGUUUUAAUGUGAAAGAAAGUAUUUUUAUA